AUGAACCAGAAGGUGAUAGCUUUGAAUUUUGCUUCAGGACCAGGUCACGGGGAGGCAGAGACGAGGGAAUGUAUUUACUACAAUGCCAACUGGGAGCUGGAGAAGACCAACCAGAGCGGCGUGGAGCGCUGCGAGGGGGAGAAGGACAAGCGGCUCCACUGCUACGCCUCUUGGAGAAACAACUCGGGAUCCAUCGAGCUGGUGAAGAAAGGCUGCUGGUUAGAUGACUUCAACUGUUAUGACAGGCAGGAGUGCGUAGCCACAGAAGAAAACCCUCAAGUGUUUUUCUGCUGCUGCGAGGGCAACUACUGCAAUGAGAAAUUCACCCACUUGCCUGAAGUAACCGGCCCAGAAGUCAUAUAUGAGCCGCCACCACCAACGCCCUCCCUGCUUAACAUCCUGGUGUACUCUCUGCUGCCCAUUGCUGUCCUGUCAGUGGCCAUCCUCCUGGCCUUCUGGAUGUAUCGGCACCGCAAGCCUCCCUACGGGCACGUUGACAUCAAUGAGGACCCCGGCCCACCACCUCCUUCUCCCCUGGUUGGCCUAAAACCUCUACAGCUCCUGGAGAUCAAAGCCAGGGGACGCUUCGGCUGCGUGUGGAAGGCUCAGCUGAUGAAUGACUACGUAGCAGUGAAAAUCUUCCCAAUUCAGGAUAAGCAAUCUUGGCAGAGUGAGAGGGAGAUUUUCAAUACUCCUGGCAUGAAGCAUGAAAACCUUUUGCAAUUUAUCGCAGCAGAGAAAAGAGGGACAAACCUAGAGACAGAGCUCUGGCUGAUCACAGCGUUCCAUGACAAGGGCUCUCUCACGGAUUAUCUGAAGGGCAAUAUCAUCAGCUGGAACGAGCUCUGCCAUGUUGCAGAAACCAUGGCCCGUGGCUUGUCUUACCUCCAUGAGGACGUCCCGUGGUGCAAGGGUGAAGGACACAAACCUGCUAUAGCACACAGGGACUUCAAGAGUAAAAACGUCUUGCUGAAGAACGACUUAACGGCAGUGCUAGCUGAUUUUGGUCUUGCUGUACGGUUUGAACCUGGAAAACCUCCAGGGGACACUCAUGGACAGGUGGGAACAAGGAGGUAUAUGGCUCCUGAAGUGUUAGAGGGAGCAAUCAACUUCCAACGGGAUGCUUUCCUGAGAAUAGACAUGUACGCAAUGGGACUGGUAUUAUGGGAGUUAGUCUCCAGAUGUAGAGCAGUUGAUGGUCCAGUGGAUGAAUACAUGCUGCCUUUUGAAGAAGAAAUAGGUCAGCACCCAUCCCUCGAGGACCUGCAAGAAGUGGUGGUUCACAAGAAGAUGCGCCCCAUCUUCAAGGAUCAUUGGCUGAAACACCCUGGCUUGGCGCAGCUCUGCGUGACCAUCGAAGAGUGCUGGGACCACGACGCAGAGGCUCGGCUCUCGGCAGGCUGUGUCGAGGAGCGCAUUGCUCAGAUCCGCAAAUCCGUAAACGGCACUACCUCGGACUGCCUUGUCUCCAUCGUGACGUCCGUCACCAACGUGGACUUGCCGCCCAAAGAGUCCAGUAUCUAAGUCCUGGUUCGCUUUUGUCUUUCCAGACUCAGUGGAUUUGAAAAAAGUUUUAAAAAGAAAAAAAAGAAAAGAAAUAGAAAACACGCGAAGAAAAAAAAAAAACCACAAAAAUCCAACAAACACGUGAAUGCAGCUGCUAUUUUAUCUUGACUUUUUAUUAUUAUUGUUAUUAUUAUUAUUAUUUUUUUUUUUGGUAUUGGAUCAAUUUUACCAGCACAUUGCUCUACUGUAUUAACAAAUGGACAUUUCAGCAAGCAUUCAGGUGCCGACUAAUGAAUGCAGAAAAGGUGCAGGUACCUCAGAACCUCAACAAACUCACUUCAGUUGUUUUGUUGUUGUUGUUGUUGUUGUUGUUUUUUAAAUUGAGUUUUCUGGGUUUCUCUUUAUCAGUCUGUCUUCUGAGCAGAACAUCUGUGACAUAAAGGAAAACCACCUAUCAUCUUAGAAAACGCAAUGCUGCAAACUUUGGAGGAAACUUAAGACUGUUACAUAAGAUUACACCUUCCUCAAAAGGAUUUUUUCCCCAUUUUGUUUCGUUCCUGGGUUCUGUUCCGUGUUGGGUUAUUUUAUUUGGAAGUGAGCUUCAAAAAAAAAAAAAAAAACAAAAACAAAAAAAAAACACAGCAGAUGUGUCUUUUACGGAUCUAACGGGUGUCAUUGUAACAUGGAAAAAAGUAACUGGGCGGAGAAUGUUAAUUCUUGGUGGUAGAAUUGAAGGGGGGAGCGUAGAAUAGGGGUGGGGAGAGCGACGUUGGACUUGGCAGCAUUUGGGGAAACAUCAUUUGCUAUGGAGCUACUUCUCAGGUAAUCAUUAGAGGAGGGGAAGGACAUUUCUGGGCAGAGUAUUAACAGCUGCAGUGUAUGGAGAAAGCAGAAUUAAAGAGCCAGUGGUUGCAAGCAAGGCACUGGUUAGUUCUUCCUCUAGUAUCUGGCGCUUGGGUGGUAAAAGAACAAAGCAGAACUGUAAUUACCUUCUAUUUUUUAAAUCCGGAUAGUAACAGGAAGAACGCUUUUUAAGAAGUGUAAUUGGAAGAGGUGGGAAAGUGUAUUCUUAGGAGAAAAUACUGGAGGAUAGGAAGAUGUUUGCAUCUCUCUUGAAGUGUAAGUCAGUGCAGGAAAUGUUGCCCUCGGGGUUGAUUAUCUGCCAGCCCAACCACUGGCACAGAUGGUGCAGGGCGGGGAAGUGUGAACGCUGGCUCUGUAGUUUUUCUUUGUUCUUUAAUUUGGGGUUGUAGGGAGGUGGAAAUUACCUGAACCAGUGGCAGAUGGCUCCUGUAGCACCCGAGAAGCCCAUGAGCUGUACAGUUAUAGACUGCAGAGGUAGCUGAGCAGCAGCAGUGAUCCUCAGCAUCGCUCAGACUGGUUCUUUGACGCUGCUUUCUCCGUACUCUGCGACUAAACUCUUUUCGUCUUAAAGUGGUGCAUAUUCUGAAAUACCAUUACUCUUAUUAUGCCAUAAACUUGCUCUAGUCAGUGAAUGUUCCUAAUGCUGCUGAUUCAACAUUGAGAUAUUUUUUUAAUUUGCAAAAACAUGCAAUGUUUAGAAAAAGGAAAAAGAAAAAAAAAAAAAAAAAACAACAAAACACACACACACAUACACACGUUACGUGGCUUCCGAGGCUUAAACUGAAAAAAAAAGAAUUAAAAACUUCAUGACCACAGACCACCUCAAACCAGAAAUACCUCAGAAUUUUCUACUUGUAUGAGUUUUAUUAUAUAUUUUGUUAGUUGUGUUGUCUUGUAGUAAGUAUAUUUUAAUGUAAGUUGGCUUUUAUGACAAGGGAGUUUUUAAAAAAAGAAAAAAAGAAAAAAAGUUCCAAAAUCUUUUAGGAAGUGCUACCGUUGUUUUUAUUUUGUUGUCGUUGUUGUUGUUUGUUUUAUAAAGCACCAUUGUAAAUAACUAUACAGUUGUAGAAUAACUGCCUAUAUAAGGUACCUGGGCAUUAUUCACACUUAUUUGUGAAGGCUGUUUCCAUUCUGUGUUUUAUUUUUAUUUUUGUCUGUUUCAGUGAAAGGACAGUACAUCUUUUUCUUUUUUUUUAAUGUUAUUUUGUUUUAUUUUUUGAUCUUUGAAUCUAACAUGAAUUCUAUGUCUUGCUAGACUGACAAAGUUAUAUCCAUUGGAUGGCCAGAACUUUCAGAUUUCUCCUUCUAUUAAGCCAAAAUGCAGUGCUGAGCUAAUCAUCCUUUGAGAAGGAAAAAACAAACAGAAAAAUCAAAAGUCUGUACAUGAAUUGGACUUCUUGUCGCUGCCAAGCUGUCAGCAUGGACCCUUGCACAAAUGGAAUUUAUUAAGCAAACAAAAAUCACUAAUUGGAGAAAAUGUGGAGACACUAUAGAGUAAAUUGAAAUAUAUCUCUUAAAAAAAAUAUAGCUUUAAAACCUAGAGAUCACAAAUGAGGACGCGGUCCUUUCUCUCGAAGAGACAUUAAGAUAGUUGCCUUAAUUUGUCUAUCUGAAUAAAGUCUUAACCUAUUCUUUCAAGUUAUUGAAUGUAUAUUGCAUAUUAGUGUGUACACACAUGUAACUGUAUUUCCGUGUGUAGGUUUGGAAGUUUCUGUUUCUUAAUGUGAUUCUGUUCAGAACACGGUGACAAAAGCAGGCAGGAUGGUACUGGUUGGACCCAGAUGAUGGUGCUGGAGGGGCGGAUGUCUUCGAGCUGAUGCUGCAACAUGCCCAUGCUGAACAUGAAGCGUGCAGGGAGCUCUUCUGGUGUCGUGACAUAAGUCGCUCGCUUCAUGUUAAGCAUGGUCAUAAAGUUUUGCAAGGAUCGGCAUUUUUCACAUUCUAAUACAUUUCUGCACUGAGAUUUAUAUAAAAAUGUGACUGUGUUUUAGAAGUGAAGUGAUGUAAGGGGGGGUGGAGUCUAGAACAGAAUUAAGAUUGAGCGAAUGCUUGUUUCGAGGUGGGCGUGCUCUGUGUUCCCCAGGAACGGGAGCUGGCUCACAUUGCUGCAGAAAGAAAAAAGCUGUACUGUCUUUUAACUAUCAAUAUCUGUUUGCUGUUCUGGAUUUUUUUCCUUCGGCAUUCUGUAUAAUGGCUAAAACAGGCUUAUUACAGCAGUUGCUUUUUUAUCGUGAUUUCUUUAAGAAGCUUUAAAGUAUUUAUUGAAAGUGCCAUAUGAUUUUAAUAGCCUAUUAGACAGUCUCGUAAACCUUCUCUUUUGAGAAGGCAUACACAAAAAGUCUCGCGUGUAGCUUAUCUGAUUGUGGGGAGCUGUGCCAACGUACAAAGCUUGACCGAAUGUUGAUUGUAAGUGUUACCAACUUCCCUGGUCUACUGCUUCCUUAUAGAUCAUCUUGUCAACAGGAUUCAGCAACUGACUUUUAAAAGAAUUUCCAAAAUGCACGUGUGCUCAGAUAGAAAUUUUAAAUGUGUGUUGAGUUUUGUGUCUUGCUGCCACAGCAGAGAGGGGUAUUCUGAAUUUUUGCCUAUUUACAAAAUCCUGUCAGUUUCUCUGAAGUGGUCCUUUUAGUUGGUAUUUAUUUUAUUAAUGAAGGAAAGCUCUGAUGAACUUACUGGUCUUUCAAUACUUGAGCUGUCAAGCAAAUAGUUUCCUCACUGCUAACGUAGCAUUUGAACUCACAAUGACAAUUUUGUUUUGUUCAGUAUCACGGAGGCUUUUUCCUAGCCAGCAUUGGGCACAUCCGUAGGUGUAGCUGUAAUAAGCAGUCGUGACUCUUUCCCCCUUAACACUCCCAUGAACGUGAUGGGUACAACAUAUGUUAUAAAUUUCACUCCCUGUUCAGAUUUUAUUGAUUUUAUAAUCAAUGUAUGAUUUUAUUGUUGACCUUCUUCUCUUGUGUAGCGGUUUAGGUAAAUAUUAACCUUGAAUAUUGUGGGCAGUUCUGUCGAUGUUAAAAAUUUUCCGUGACUUCAGGAGCCAGGAUUCUCUUCUCUCUGGUCUAAUGACCCUUAAGAACUUAUUGUGCUGGCUGUGUUGGUUUCCUGGGUGAAGGAAGCUCACGUUUUGAGGUUGGAAAUAGCUAAAAUUGCAUUUUUGAGAUGACAGAGCUGUGACUUGCUAAUAUAAUUGCAUUAGUACAGCAAGGUUCAUAUUGAAAUUUAUGUGCACGAGAGAAGGCUAUAAACCAGUCUAACCAUCAGUGAAAUGACAUCUGCCUUACUCUUCUGUUGAAGGACUUUAGCUAGUCCUGAUCAUGGAGUUUUCUCUAGUGAAGACAAAAAGAAAAACGCUUUUUAUUUUGCUUCAUUCUUUUGCUGAAAUUCUCAUAGAGCAUAAGCUAUGUUAGGUCAAGUUACACCUAUGGCAAUGCCAAGGUCUUUCUGUUUACGUUUGUUUCAAAAAAAAGGGAUGUGAGUAUCCCCCAGUAACUCCGUUGCGUUACUUAGGUCUUGUGAUUCACUGCUGUUUCUGUUGAAGUUAUUCGUUUCAGCAGGAGCAGCACUGGGUCUGCUCAGUAGUGUUGCCGGUGGGUACUUCCAGGUUGGCUGGAUAGGCCUUUCCAAUUAGGAACUCUGAUCUCCCUUAAUAUCACCCCGUAGAAACUGGAGAGCUCAAAUUCUGUUCCUCCUGUGCUGCUUUCUGGGCAGACUGUUAGGAUUUUCCUGUUUUGCAGGUGAAAGAUGUAGUUUCACUUAGAAUGGAAGAAACUCCUAUUGCAGAGGAAGGAGCUGGUUGAUAGCAUUGUGACAGUGCUGUUGUUGCAGUCCUCUACAAGCCACACUCCCCUUGAGAAGUAUCUAAGCAGGAAGUGUCCCACAAACUAUUAUCACUUUUACAUACAGAAUAUUGUUUGGUAACAUUGUAAAUAAAAUAGACUAUAUAAUAGAGGAAAAUAAGGACAUUUUGACUUUUUUACUUUUGGAAAUAUAUAUAUAUAUAUUUUAGUUACAUAUACAAACAAAAAUUCUACAUUGUGUGAGAAUUCUUUUAUACCACAAAUUAUUUUUGUAACGUCUAAUAUGUUUCUGCAGGGAAAAGGGAGAAUGGCGUGUGUACGCACAGCGAAUAAAUAUAUAUAUAUAUAAUGUUUAAAUUAAAUGUGCACUACAUCAAAGUCUAGAGGAUAGAACAAGUUUAGAGUGAGGAGCAAGUCUGGAUGUACUUGGACACGCUUUGAGGGCGGCACUGACUGUGUUUAACAAGGUUAUCUUGCAUGUCACAUCCCUUCUGCUAAAGAUGCUUGUUGCUUUUUUAUGACCAUCUUCAGUUUAACCAGGAAGAGUGUUUUCAUGCAUUCAUGCAAGUAUCCGUGUGUGAGCAGUGUGUCUUGACAUAUGCUGUGAUGCUGCAGUGAGUUGUGAAGGCAGGGUGUUAGGAAUUUGUGGAGACCAAAUAGGCUGAUCUCGCUCACUGCCGUAUCCGUUUAUAGCAGCUGUGUCUGCUGCAUUGACAAUAUGAUCUGUAAGGAGCUGUUGCCAGCAAAGUCUUGAUAAAAGCAUUUCCUAGAAGUUCCUUCCCUCUGAAGUGACACAAAUAAUCAGACUUCACCAGGAUGCUCAGAUGUGUUCCCAAUGGCAGAUUUCACAGUUUGGGUUGGCAGCACUAAAAAAAAAAAAAAGAGCACUGUCAUGUCCAGAGUCCUACUUAGAAAAAGAGCAUUCCUAAUUGUGUAGCCAAACUAAGGUAUACUAAAAAUAUUAAAGAAAAAUACUGCUAAUGUUUUCACGUGAGCUGACUUUUCCUUUCGGACCUAAAAAUCACUCCAUUCUUUAGCUUUCCUAGUCUUGACAAUUAAGUGUCAGCAGGGUAAAAGUUACUGAAGAAAACUUAAAGCCAAGCAAUGCACUGUGCUGCUUGGAAGGUUUUUUGACAGCGUGCCUUCUGAAAUUGGUGCUUGAAUGACUGAGAGCAGGCUCCUGCCAUUGCUGAAUCCUACUGUGUUCUUGGUGAAGUCCUGGCCCUGUGGAAGCUUCCAUCUGAUUCAGUGGGACCAUGAGUGUGUUUGUGUUCCUGGUCAUUGCCCUCAUUCACUCACUCACUCACUGACUCACUCACUCACUCACAUGGGACUUCUUUUCUAAUAUAGUAGUUUUAGGAUGAAGAUCUGUUCCCUGACUGAAGUAAUAACCUCUGGGUAAUCCUUUUUGUCGGGACACAUCCACAGAAAGAGAUCAUGCUUGUGUUACGUCCAUCCAGCUGUUCUGAAAUGUAAUGCUAUUCUGUUGUGCCUUUAUUUUUCCAUGUAAAAGCAACUGCUGUUAAGUUUUUUUUUCCCUUUAACUAGUUUUUAUGUUUCUUUUUCUGUCUAAAACAAACAAACAAACAAACCAGUUUUCAUUGCCCAGCUGUUAUUUCUGGAUGCAGUCUGUGAUCCAGGUAUUUCAAGAACCAAUUACCUCAAACCUCAUGUUAAACAGUGUUGCUAUCUGGAUUCUCCUUGAUACUACAAUAUUGUAACAUACACAAACAGGAACCUUGCUAUGUAUGGGUGUUUAUAUAUAUGUAUCACAUACAUAUAUGCGUGUAUGUGUUAGAUAUAUAUAAAUGGAAAGUGAUCCCCAAGGACUGAAGGAAAAAAGCAAAGCUUUUGUUUUCCAACAUUGAAACCAAAAGGGCUUCUCUGAAGCUCUAUAAUGGCAUUGUGCUGGAUAUGUAUUGAAAAAGUGUUUUCUGGAAAGUGCUUCCUUUGUCAGCCUUUUUAUUUCAGUAUUUUAAUAGGGCAGAUGGCGUGAUUAAAACACCAUAUCUGUAUUUUUUGACCAGUUUUGAAGCAGAGGCCUCUUAAUCUUUCCAAUUGUUAAAAACCAAUCAAACUCAGUAUAUAACAUUCCAGUAAGGUUAGUAUUGCAAAAUUUGAGUAUAUUCUGGGAAGACUUUAUUAGCUUUUGUUUUGGUGAAAGGGAGGGCGCUGGCCAAACUUUACUCAAUUUUUCCAACGUUCUGUAACCAGAACCAUCCUGAUCAUUUAAAAUCUUAAUUCAGUAGGCACUGGCAUUUCUGGAUUGGCCCCCUCAUUAAAAAAAAAAUACCAAAUAAAAACCAACAGCCGUGAGCAGGAGGAGGUUGGAGGAGUUGUAGCUUCCGAAUGUGUGCUAAGCAUCAGCACAAUCUAUUGGAUAGCAGGAAACACGCUGGCAAGACUUGGGACCUAUCUGGUCCUUUCCUUUUUCUAUCCUCCCUUCUCCCAGUAACCUUCCCAUAAAAGCAGGCCUUCAACCGCAAUGACUUACUUAGACAAAACCUUCUAAAGCUUUUAAAGCUGUUGGUGGUUUAUGAUUACCUUUAUGAUUACCUUUGGAAAAUUAUUUACAAAAAUAUUAAGAUCUCCCAGAAGAAGACCUUUUGCAAUGCUGUUGGCCUUCCAGCGGAAUAAUACUGGGAUGCAAAGUUGAUCUGUUAGUGGAUCAGAGUUGAAGGAGGUGGUUACUGCAAACUAAGUAACAUUCUUGACCUCUAUUCUAUGCCAUAAGUCCGCACAAUGCCAUUGUCAAUCUACUCAAACUAUCUGCUUAUGAAUUCUGCAUGAUCCUCAUGAUAGAGUUGAAAGCCUGAUCUUUCACCUGUUAAUAUUUUCACAUUUGUCCUUAAGUUUGACAAAUUUUAUACUGUAAAGUUGACCUGAGUACAGUUUGAUGUCAAUUCUUGUGGAAAGAGCUUUCUGCAUGUAACAUUAGACACAUACAGUUAAACAACACAGCAUAGUACAAAACUCACAAGAUAAUGUUUUGGCACCAGCAGAAAGAAAUCUCACCCUGACCAUUUGUCAUUUUAAACCAUCUUAUUGUAAGUUUUACCAGCUACUUCUAAAUUUGUGCUUUAUUUAAAGAAAUAAAAUAAAAAUCCUAAGACUUGUCUAGCGUAGUGAAAUAUGUGUAUAUCAGUUUUAGGAUAAAUAGCUAAGUCUUAUUACGCUGUGUUACUUAACUUGUAUAUAUAGAGUAUACAUAAGAGUUUGCAGUAACCUGUUUCUCCAGGAUUUCCAGUUUGAAUGGAUUUAAACUCAAAAUAUGAGAUUACGUAAAUGAUUUAGAAGAUUGCAGAAUAAACUGAGUGUAAAAUACAGGAAGCUCUAUCAGAUGGUGAAAUAAUUUUUAAAGAGUCUUUUGGUCCUUGGCUCAAAUUCAAUAAGUACUGUUUGUAUACCAAGAUAUGUGAAAUGUAAAUGUUGUAGGUUAUAUUUCACUCUUGUAGCUAUGAAAAUGUAGAACAGAGAUAGCUUGUACUACUGAGUUAACAAAAGUUAUACUAAAGUAUCCUGUUAAAAAAGUAUACAGAGAGGUAAGCUCAUUGCUGUAACCCCUUUUGGAUUGAAGUGUGCUGAUUUUUAUAUGUACGUUAUAUAUAUAUAUAUUCUGCAAAAUAAUAUGUGUGUGUAUAUAUAUAUAUAUAAUGUAAGUAUAAAAUGGCCUAAUGCAGACAUCCAUUGUAUUGCAGUUAUGAAGUGAAGACAUUUCGGAAAGAACAUUGUAUCAUAGUUCAUGAAUUUGCAGUGGAUCUUUGUUCCUUUUUACUGUGGUAUUUUAGAAAUGAGUCUCAAGUUUGAAAUUAGAUCUGCCAAGUUGGAGUUUUGCUGCUUCAGCUUUGCACUGGGUGUCCGAAUAAACCAGUAUGAAUGUAGUAUUUGCCCUGUGUGAAGCAGCUACACCCCAACAGAUAGGAGGGAAAA